CUUUUUUGCACGUUUAUUAACCAACACUGCGAGAAUAAUUUCAAGUCCACAAGUCCAUAGCGUUUCGUCAUACUUUGUUCCACGUAGUUUGCAGUUGGCUUUGGCCGUGGAAGGAUUGAUUAUUAAAUAGCAGCAGCAUUAUUGUAUCUCUCGUAUAAGAAAAGCCUAACUACAAAAUAACCACACAAACCAUUUAAUAACACACACAGGCUAAAGUUCUUCUUUCUUCUUACUUAUUUAACGAAGGUUGAAUUCCCAUCCAGCCAUCAACCAACCAAUCCUUUUCCUCCCCAUCAUCAUCCCACUAAAAUUUCCACUGCCAAUUUAUCCCAGUAGUAGGAAAACAAGUGCAUUUAUAUUUUAUUUUAUUGUAACGACGACUCUUAAUAUUCCCAUUUAGUGAGUGAGACUGACUUCUUUUGACAUUCUCGGUGUAAAGAAAGAGAGAAAAAGGUUCGCUGCUGGAGAGGAUCAGAUUCAGAUCAGAUCAACUACACGGCUGGCACAGAAGAGUGUAUUAAAAUUACAAUAUUUUUAGUUUAAAAGUAGUAGCCUUGCUGUAUUGUAAUAUUAGUUUUAGUGUAUAUACGUAUUCUACGGGUGGUCUGGUAACUGUUGGGCCCCAUAAAAAUACAUCAUAUACCUGGAGAGCUGGAGAAAAAAACUACUAAAAUUAAACACCUAAAGACCUAUUAAUAUUGUUAUAAGUACGAGAACAGUAUCAGUUAUAGAGAAAAAUCUGAUCUUGAUUUCGAAAGAGUAAGAGCUCAUGCAUUUUUCAUAGGUGCGAAAGGAGAGGAUUUCUUAAUAAACAUUUUAGCGAGCUUUUAUUUACGGAGAUACCUUACUGUAAUAUUAUUGGGUGAGUUUGUGUCAUUUUUCGCAACUUUUCGUGUGUAACGUUCGGAAACGACGAGUUAAAGUUGUUCGGAUUGAACUUUUACAAUAAUUUAAUUAGUGGAAAUCUAUAUUCCGAUACGUGGAGACCUGAGAUAAAGUGAAGCAAUAUUGUGAUUUGUGAAGCCAGCCAAGAACUAACCUAAGUAAUACUUUCAAACGUAACUUUAUCAAAUUAUAUGAAUGUGAAGAGAUAAUAAACUUAGUCGUAGACCAAUAACGGAAAGACAAUUAAAUAACCUGCUAAAUUGUUCAAUUCGACUAUCAAACCAAUCCAUAAAAACGUGAUCUGAACUUGAUAUUCUGGUGUACUUUUCCAUUCCUUCGUCGUCAUCAUCAUCGUCAUCAUCAUCAUCACUCUGUUUUAAAUAUUAAAUUUAAUUGAGAGAAUAAAAGAUGAGUUCUGCGGAAGAGAUGGCGUCGACGUCGACCUCGGAGGAGGGGACCGAGGCGUUCUUCGUCUUUCUCGGAAUUUCCUUUGGCUUCGUGGACCUCGUCAUCCUCGCCCUCCUCAUCGCGGGGGGCCUCUACUACCUCUUUGGGCGAAAACAGGCCAGCACGACGGAUGCAGCCGACAAAUUCAAACAGUAUUCCAUCCAACCAACCACAUUCCAGUCACGUCCCUCGGACAAUAGUUUCAUUUCCAAGAUGAAGGCCUCCGGAAGGAACAUUGUCGUCUUUUACGGGAGUCAGACGGGGACGGGGGAGGAGUUUGCGGGUCGUUUGGCCAAGGAGGCUCAACGUUACGGAAUGAAGGGUAUGGUUGCCGACCCUGAAGAAUGUUCUAUGGAAGAGCUCACCCAGCUUAAGGACAUUGAUAACUCGCUCGCGAUAUUUUGCAUGGCCACCUACGGGGAGGGAGACCCAACGGAUAAUUGUCAAGAAUUUUAUGACUGGCUACAAACUGGAGACUGUGACCUCAACGGUCUCAAGUUUGCGGUUUUCUCUCUCGGGAACAAAACGUACGAACAUUUCAACGCCAUGGGUAAAUAUGUGGAUAAGCGGCUGGAGGAAUUGGGUGGAGAACGCGUCUUCGAGUGUGGAAUGGGAGACGACGAUGCUAACAUUGAGGAGGACUUUAUCACUUGGAAGGACCGAUUCUGGCCCACCGUUUGUGAAAAGUUUGGCGUAGAAGCUUCCGGUGAGGACGUAUUACUUCGUCAGUACCGACUCGUCACACACGAUGAGGGUCUCGCACCUGAGAAGGUGUACACUGGAGAAUUCGCUCGCCUCCACUCAUACAAGAAUCAGCGUCCUCCAUUCGACGCCAAGAAUCCUUUCAUGAGCAAGAUGACCGUGUACAAAGAACUACACAAUGGCGGGGACAGGUCCUGCAUGCAUGUCGAGCUGGAUAUUAGCAAUUCCAAAAUGCGGUAUGACGCCGGGGAUCACGUGGCCGUCUAUCCCGUUAAUGACAGCACGUUGGUCGACAAGAUUGGACAACUGCUUGGAGUGGAUCUUGAUGCAAUUUUCUCACUGGUCAACAUUGAUGAGGACUCUAGCAAGAAGCACCCGUUCCCAUGUCCCUGUUCAUACAGAACUGCACUCUCUUAUUACAUUGAUAUUACAUCAAAUCCAAGGACUCACAUUUUUAAGGAACUCGCAGAGUAUGCUACGGGUGAGGCGGAUAAGGAGAUUUUGAAAUUGAUUGGUGGAAGUACCCCAGAAGGGAAGGAAAAGUAUAACUCGUGGGUUGUGUACGACAAUCGAAACAUUGUUCACAUUUUGGAAGACUUGCCGACGUGUAAGCCAAAUUUGGACCAUCUUUGCGAAUUGUUGCCUCGGCUUCAAGCACGAUACUAUUCCAUUUCUUCUUCUCCGAAAGUUCAUCCAACAUCCAUUCACAUAACUGCUGCCCUCGUCAAGUAUGACACACCCACAGGAAGAGUUAACAAAGGUGUAGCAACAAACUGGUUGACGGAUCUUGCUACCAAAAUCGUUAACGGGGAAGAACCCCAAUUCCCAAUGUUGCCAAUUUUUGUACGAAAGUCACAAUUUAGGUUGCCAACUCGUCCUCAAACUCCAAUUCUCAUGAUUGGACCUGGAACUGGUUUAGCUCCUUUCCGUGGAUUUAUACAAGAGCGAAAAUAUUUGAAAGAUGAAGGGAAAAUUGUAGGAGAAACCGUCCUGUAUUUCGGUUGCCGUCAGAAGGCUGUAGAUUUUAUCUACCAGAAUGAACUGGAGGAUUUUGUAAAUCAAGAUGUCCUCAAAAUCCACGUAGCAUUCUCCCGUGACACUGGUAAGAAGGUGUACGUGCAGCAUAUGCUCCUGGAAAAUGCAACGGACGUUUGGAGGCUUAUUGGUCCAGAAAAUGCUCAUCUCUACGUUUGUGGUGAUGCUAAAGCUAUGGCUCGCGAUGUACAUGACGCGAUUGAGAAGAUUGUCCGGGAAACUGGUGGGAUCGCCGAGUCGGAAGCAUCGGCCUAUGUUAAGCGGAUGGAAGCACAAAAGCGUUACUCAGCCGACGUUUGGAGCUAAGUGUUCUCAAAGAUUGAUUAAAGUCUUACUAUUGUGUUGCUGUUGCUCUUUCACCGUCUGAUGACAAAAAAAUUAUUACUUGGUAAUUCUUGACGAUAUUUGGGAGAUGGUUGUUUUAAUCAAUAUUUUUUUUGGAAUUAGUGAUAUUGUAUCAAUCAUGAAUCCAUCACCUAUUUUAAUUUUUUACAAGCUCAAAGAAACCAUUUCUUAGUGGCCUUUUAAGUGUGUCAACCUUUCUACUUUCAACUACACGCAAUUACAAAAUAUAUACUAGCACAGAGUCAUAAUUUUUAUCGGAGGAUGUCUACAAUCUGCAAUCAUAAUUAUUAAUAAAGUUAAUCUUGAACGAACAAAAACUUGACCAAAAAUAACACACUACUUCCAAUUGAUCAACAAUUUUACCAUGUACUAACGUGAUGAUUCAUUAAAUGGGACAAGUCUUAUUAAAUAAUUAGUUUUAUGUAAUAGAUCGAUAAAUAUGCAAGGGUUACGUAGACAAUCAAGUUUCUUGUGUGUGCUAUAAACCAAUGGACCAGGAACAUGUAUAAUUUUUAGAGAACCAAGAAUAACUGAUGAAUGUUAAGUGUAAGGAAAUUGGAUAUUGAAUGUAGAUAUUGAAUGAAAAUUAUUUGCCAUAAAUGUUUCAGAUGAACUUGUAAUAUUUCCAAACAACUCAAUAAAAAACGUCACAAAUA